GUGUAAUAUAUUGUAUAACACGUUAAGUUCAAAAUCAAUACACAAAUAAAAAUUUACACAAUUAUUGUCCACAAAAUUGUCGACUAAACUAACAAAUGAGUGGACAAAUCAUUACCAAUUGAUCACCAAAUUGGUCAUCCGAUUCAACAAUUGAUUGAUUGAUUGAUUUGUUUUUAAAUACCACAACAACAACAACAACACCAACGAUAUGAUGAUAGAUUCAAACGACAUAGAAAUCCAGGACGUAUUGGCUGCCGAUGUCGAAGAAGUGGUCGACUAUGAAGAAGUGGAUGAACCGGAACUACCCGUUAAUAUCCAGUCGUGUCUACUGUUGAACAAUGUCUACAUUGAAUCCAUUGAUGAACUAAAACAAUAUCUUCAGUCGAAACGCCGUGAAAACGAUAGCCGACAGCUUGAACUACAAAACAAUAGUCACCUGAAGACUGUUAAGGACGUGACAAUCAAUAACUAUGGUUAUAGUCAUCCGAAUUCGUUGAUACCGUUUAUGUCGCCUUAUUUUAAGGACGUUAAAGGACUGUCGGCGCCGGCAAAUGCCGAUACAUUGGAAAAGCGUAGCAAUGGUCACAUCAACGAAGCCUAUGUCUGUCAGAAUAAGCCGUGGAAUGUUGUCGAACGACAGAAACUGAAGACAAUGCUUAUGAUGGACGCAAUGGAAAGGGCUUACAAACCGCUCAGAGAUGAAAAAGAAUUGCUGACCAGAAAUAAGGCCGAUAUUGUUAAGAAUUUGCCGCGAAUUACUGAGUUGACCGGUUUGAUUGAUAACAUGUCCAACGAUAAGAACAUACCGAUUCCCGAUCGAUGGGAUCCGUCGCUUGAUUGGCUUCGAUUUGCUACCGAACUGGACACCGAUCAUACGGCUGACGAUUGCGAACUCUAUUGGAAUAAUUUUCUUCAUCCGUUGGUGAGUAAGACUGAAUGGACUAAAGAUGAAGACAACCGAUUGGAAAAGUUGGUCAAAAAGUAUGGUAUGCGUGACUGGGAUCGAGUUUCACAGGAGUUGAACACUGGACGACUAGCCUGGCAGUGCUGUCAACGAUAUCAGUCGGAACUGAAUCGCGAUCUCAAACGUGUCGGACCGUUGACCAAAGCCGAGGCCGAAACUGUCGAGAAAGUGAUCGAUUCGUGUCGUGUCGGCGAUUACAUACCCUGGCAUCAGGUGAAGUAUUUUAUCGAAGGUCGCACUUUGCCGCAGAUCAAGCACUACUGGAAUAAGAUAAAUGUUGUCAAACGUGGCGACCAGUGGUCCGAUGACGAGAAUAAGGUACUGAUGGCGGCCGUCAAAAAGUACGGUACACACAACUGGCGCAAAGUGGCCCAAUACAUACCGGGCCGCAGUAAUCGACAGUGUCGGGAACGAUAUAUGAUGCGCCUUAACUUUGGCACCGAUCGUAAAUUAGGUAAUUGGAUGCCACAGGAGGACAAACUGAUACUGGAUUUGGCUCCGAAAUGUGACUUUCAUUGGAUUAAACUCGAAAACAAGAUUAAGGGCCGCAAUGCUCGGCAAAUUGCCAGCCGUUACGAACUGUUAAUGAAGUAUAACAAUGUUGGCAAAGAUGUGCGCAAAACAAAGUCCAAAUUUGGCAACAAAUCGACAUUUGCUACGAAAACGUUGACCGUUCGGAACCGUUUGUACGAAAAGAUACGUCAUAUGAUUAAUCGCCAGCAGAACAGCGGCAACGAUAACUUGGACCGCAUUUUACGUGUCGGCAAAGCCAAGUUGGCCAAGAAGUUGGAACUGGAAAAGUCUGGCGUUUCGGUAACAACUCGUUCGGGACGACCGAAAAAGACGGUUAAUGAAGAGAAUAUCGACGCCAAGAUUACCCAACUGUUCGCAGCCUAUGAUCACAAGUCUAGUCCGAAAAAGUGUGUUUCCCUUUCACCGCAAGACCAAUGUGUCUAUUCGACCACCAAAAACGUGUUCAACGAGUUGAUUACGGGAACGCCGUUCGAGUCGACCACCGAAUUGGCCGAAACUAUUCGUCUGGUUGUUAACGAAUUGGUCACUGGAUUUCCCAAAAAUGAAAUCAAUGCCAAUAGUGAAAGUAAUUUAUCAGUAGAUGCUUCGGGUAAUAAAAUUAUGACUGUUAUCGGAGUGCCAAACUCGGAGUCACAAAUGAUGAACAAUUCGGGCGACUCUGAAAUUAUAACUACCUGUGAUAUUACUGAUGCAGACAUGACUACCUCUAGACGACACGAAUGGACGGCACCACCGAUACUACCGCCCAAUAAGGCCACUGUUAAGGCACUUCGGGGACUACUUAUACAUUCAGAUUAUUUUUCGCAAAUUAUUGCCAGAUCUGAGAUACCAUUAGAACAAUUCAAGGAAGUGCUCGAUAGUGAUCCAACAUAUAGAAAACUAUUUGCCGAAUUCAAGUCAUUAUUCUAUUGGCCGGCACUGUUGUCGAUGUCGGAUCCGCCCGAACGAAGCAACCGAUCCAAUGAUCAAUCGGAGGAGUCAGUGAACGGUCAACGGCCGGCUAUCAAAGGUCGCAAUCGUAAGUCGUGGCUCAAAAACAGUCAGUCGCGGUCACGUAUGAUCGAGAUUCGCACCAAUCAAACAAAACUAAUCGAUUCGGAAAUGAAACGAGUGGCCAAUUCGAGAACGGCUAACACUGGUGGCACUGCUGGCGGCAGCGGUAGUGUUAAUAAUGAACAACAAUCGACGGCCGCGGAUGACAACAAUGAACCGUUGACUGUCGAGUCAACACUGGCGCCCUGGUAUGUCACUCGAAAGGAUCGCCGCUAUUACAAUCUAAAGUCACUUAAGAGAGACUCGUUUGUCUUUACACGAGUCCGUCCCAAGUAUUCGUCAAUUGAGCCGACCGGUGAUGGCCAUCACAACAACAACAACAACAACAUUGAUGAUUCAGGAUCUGAGACCGAAAUCGAGACCAACGACUACAGUGAACCGCCGGUUAAAGUCGAAUGAUUUGCAAAAUGAUUUGUGGUUUAAUUGUCUGAUUACAAGUCAUUAUUUAAUAAUAAAAAAACAACAAUUCAACCAACAAAUCAAUAAUAUAAUAAUUACCGUAAAAUGCAAAUACGGUAUCAAUAAAUAUAUAUUUCAUAUACUGUAUAUAUAUAUAU